AUGGAUGAUGAGCUUUGAUAGGUAGAAAUCCACUUCAGAUGAGGUGUACCUUCUGAGGCUUCAUUUUCUGCUGCUCUGUUUAGUAGUCUGUAUGCACCAGUCCUCAGCAGGCAGUAAGUUUUGGGAACAUAUAUAGCUAGGUGUAUCUGAAUGGAGGAUGGAUGAGCUACGCCUCCCAUCUCUGGAAAGCUGCCCAUUCACAAUACGUGAGAACUACUGCGAGAGUACCGACAGCUGUUUAGUCUCCCCAGGGGAGACCAAGCGCUUGCUCCCCUGCCACAGCGGGAGAGUCUCUUCAGUCAGGUCUCCGUCUUCUCCCCGGCGGGGAACCAAUAGUUGUGCUUUGGUGUAAUCUGAGAAAAUCAAAUUCCUACUGCGUUCCAUUUGCUUUCUCAGCCUUUGCAAGUCAUUGCUGUUAAGGACUUGCAGGAAGUGUCCUUUUUUCAGGCCCUCCAGCUUAAGUCUAAGGGCACGAGAAGGGGCGAUGGGUGAGCAGCUGCGGCUGUCAGGAUGACUUGCCAGUGGGUCUCUGUGGUGGCAGGAGGAACUCAGCCUGCACCACCUGAGUCAUGAAUUCCCCAGUCGCGUCACGACCAUCCUCCGUUUCGGGCUCAGUGUAACUGAGUAAUGCAAAUUAUGCUGUCUGUGGCUUGAAGGCUAAUUACAAGAGAUCUGAGGAGAGUGGAGGAAGAAGCAACUGUGGAUCUGUAGUCUCAGACUUUCAACGAAAAGAGUGCAAGCAACAUUCACUCUACUUUGGUCUCUUGGGGGGGCUGCAGGGGUCUUUUUCUCUUGUGAUGCUCUGCAGGUUUUCAGCACCGUCUGAUCGCACAGUCAGUGUCGUUUUUGGCUCUGUUUUCAAGGAGUUCAUUGUGCCAAGUUCUUUGAUCUUGGGUUAGCAGCUAGUAUCACAGUUACCAUGCAAGUUUAGUGGCUGUUUUGUGGGGUAUUUGGUUUGGCUAAAAAAGCAUUACCAAGCUGGUUUGAUGGCUAUUGCUGUCCUUUUGGUCUUUAACAUGCCAUCUCUUUGAAUUUUUUACAGAGCUUUCUGGGGUGCUGCAUCAGUGUCACGUUCUGGCAUCAGAAAUGGUCCAUUUCAUUCAUCAAAUGCAGUAUUACAUUACAUUUGAGGUACUGGAAUGUUCAUGGGAUGAACUCUGGAACAAGGUCCAACAAGCGCAGGACUUGGAUCACAUAAUUGCAGCUCAUGAAGUUUUUCUGGACACAAUCAUCGCUCGGUGCUUGCUGGAUAGUGACUCCAGGGUACUUCUCAACCAGCUUCGGGCUGUUUUUGAUCAGAUCAUUGAGCUCCAGAAUGCCCAAGAUGCAAUGUAUAGAGCUGCUUUGGAAGAGUUGCAGCUGAGGUUGCAAUUUGAAGAGCGAAAGAAACAGCGUGAGCUUGAGGGCGAAUGGGGUGUAACUGCGUCAGAAGAGGAGGAAGAGAACAAGAGGAUAAAAGAAUUUCAAGAAUCAGUACCCAAAAUGUGCUCGCAGCUUCGCAUACUUACUCAUUUUUACCAGGUGCCCCUUAGUUCUUUCUGUAGAUGGAUUUGAGGUUUUGAUACGUAGAAAUCAAUUUCAAAUGCAGCUUAGAUGUGACUACUGCAUUCCUGUGUGCCAUUUUUUGGAUGUGGUCUUCAGUUUUGCGGCUUUGUUUAGAAGUUUGUAUUCACUGUUCCUCAACAGAUUUUUGUGAUUAGCUGUGUUCCCCUGACAAAGAGGGAUAGGCUCUUCAUGUAGGUCUCCUCCUUCUUUCAGGAGGGGAAGGAAUGGUGGGGGUGUCUUGGUGUAAUCUGAGAAAAUCAAAUUCCUACUGCGUUCCAUUUGCUUUCUCAGCCUUUGCAAGUCGUUGCUGUUAGGGACUUGCAGGAAGAGUCCUUUUUUCAGGCCCUACAGCUUAAGUCUAAGGGCAUGAGAAGGGGCGAUGGGUGUGCUGUUGGGGCAAGGUGCACAGAGUACCUUCUGUGAGGGGCCUUAUUCUCCCGUUGUCUUGCUUGCUUACAUCUGCUUUGAAAGCUCCCAGUCCCCAGCCAAAUCAGCUCUUAGUUUCCAGGGAAAGCACGUCAGAGAGAAAGAGAGGAAGGGACACAGCCAUCUGUGCCCCAGCAGCAUGGCUUCUGGCAUUUGAACCCAGCUCCACUGGCAACCAAAACCCUAGCCCUAGCUGACCUCUUGACCUUCACACAGGAGAAAUUUGGGAUGCCUUGGGAAUGAUAUCCCUCUUCGGAACCUUCCUGCAAAACCAGCCUGGCCCAGUGGGCCUUUUAACCUCUGUAGCUACUGCCUGAAGUAGGAAAUCCUGCCCAAGACAUUUUGGAUGAUACUGAGUUUGACCUCGUGCUCUUGGGGCUGCUUUCAGCCCUUUCUCAUCCCUCUUUGCAUUUCAGCUUCUCAGGGUACAGUGAUU